AACAAGUAACAACCAGUCAGGGGGGACAACACGUUUUGGCGGUUAAAAACGAUGAAUACGUUGUGUUUGUGUUGCCGCUCCCGCGGCCUGUCGACAACGUCUACGACGUCAUUGCUCCGUUGCGCCCCGCCGCUUUCGCGCCAUCGUAUUCAUUCGUUAAACACGUCUCGCCGUUUUCCCGGUCGACUACAGUACAACGUCAACGAUAUUACAGCGGAGUUUAUUUCCAAGACCCGAUCAGACAUGGCCGUCAACGAAUACUGUAACCGGCCGUACACGGUGUUUGUCGAGGGAAACGUGGGUAGCGGGAAGACUACAUUUUUAGAACAAUUCGCCGAGUGCCCGAACGUGUACCUCGUCAAGGAACCUGUGCAUAAGUGGCAGGACGUGCAAGGACACAACUUUUUGGGCCUGAUGUACAAAGACCCGAAGCGGUGGAGCUUCGCGUUCCAAUCCAUUGUGCAGAGGACCAUGUUAGAACUGCACCAAGCUAGGCCCAAAUACCCUGGUCAAAACAUCAAGAUAAUGGAACGGUCCAUAUAUAGCGCCCGAAAUAUAUUUGUUGAAAACUUAUACAAAGACAACCUUAUGGCAGCUCCUGAAUAUUCUGUGCUAGAUGCAUGGUAUAAGUGGCUAAUAGGAAAUGUUGAAAUUGAAUCUGACCUCAUAAUUUAUUUGAGGACUGAUCCUGAAGUAGCUUACCAAAGAAUUAAAACUAGGAAUAGAUUUGAAGAAAAAGAUGUUUCAUUUGAAUACAUAGAACAUUUACACAAUUUGCAUGACAAAUGGUUAAAUGUUCAUAAUACUGACGUACCAAAGAAUAUACCUGUAGUGAUUGUUGAUGCUAAUCAAAGUAUGGAUUCAGUUAGGAAACAAUUUAAAGGUAUUAGAGACCUAAUAACUAAAAAUGCUUCAGCACUUACAGAGUCAAAAACAAGUCCUACAAUAUCUGAAAUUGGUAAAAAUAUAAAAGACAUUCAACACAUCUCAUCUAAUUGUAAAUUGAUACCAGACUCGACCAUCGUUCCAGCUCAAAGAGUCUAAUUUAAACAUUCUUUUCUUUGUCGACUUAAGAUACAAGACCUAUAUAUUUUUUACUUUAUAUUUGCAUAAUAUUGAAUUUAAGGACAUGGGUUUCACAAGGUUUCCUACAUAUUUUUUAAUUAUAUAUAAUACAUAUUGCAAUAUAAUUAUUUAUAAAUAAAUUCUAUAAUUUUGUACUUGUAAAAAAUUAUUAUUUUUUAUAACAUAAUUUUUUUUUUUUGUUAAAAUUUAAUUUUUCUAACUAUUUUACUGGUAAAUGUUACUUAUUGCACACUUUAAAUAUAUUUUAUUGACUUAGCACGCUUUUUCAAAUUGUAUAUAAGCAUAAGAAUUAGUUUCUGGCAAUACUAGAAUAAAGUAUUAAAAUGAAUAUAACUUUCUUUAUAUAUAUAUAUAUUACUUAUACAUUAUGUAAAAAUGCAAUUUUCUUUACAGAUAUCAAUUGGUUAUUAGUGUUAUUACCAAUCUAAAACUUGUCAUAGAAAUUGCUGUGAUAAAUAAAAUAAAUAUUUUUGAUUA